AUGGUAUUGGGCAAUAAGGCAGAUGGCAUGACGGAAGAAGAGUACGACGCCGCCAUUGAUAAGGCAACUGGUGCCAUGUCCAAGUUCACCAGUACCUAUACGAAACGAUCCGAGACUACCUUGUGUACCGAUAAGGCAGUGGCCGCGGCAGUCAUCAAGGGACUUGCCAAACACAAGGUAGAGCUUGGGAAGCCGCUCUGCCCUUGCCGAUUUUAUGAAAACAAGGAGGAAGAAGCAAAAAAGGGAUACUGGAACUGUCCAUGUGUCCCCAUGCGGGAAGACAAGAUUUGUCAAUGCUGCCUAUUUUUGACCCCAGAUCACCCGUUUGCAGGAGAAGAUCAGGAGAUUUCCAAGGAAGAGGUUUUGGAGCUUGCAAGCAAGAUCAAGAAAGACUGA